UCCGGCGGUGACGACCUCCCUACGAGAACAUGCCUCUCGCAAAGGAUCUCCUUCAUCCCUCUCCAGAAGAGGAGAAGAGGAAACACAAGAAGAAGCGCCUGGUGCAGAGCCCCAACUCCUACUUUAUGGAUGUCAAGUGCCCAGGCUGCUAUAAAAUCACCACGGUCUUUAGCCAUGCACAAACGGUAGUCUUGUGUGUUGGCUGCUCCACUGUUCUCUGUCAGCCUACAGGAGGAAAAGCAAGGCUGACAGAAGGAUGCUCCUUCAGGAGGAAGCAGCACUGAAAGUACCUAAUUCAAGAUGAGGGGGAAACCACCCCAAUAAACACAUUUUGGAUAAAAAAAAAAAAAAAAAAGAUAAA